AUGGCCGUCUUGAGGACCCGGACACCGCCUCGCUCACCUCUUUCGCUCCGCCUGCUCAUGCUCACACCGCAAAAUGCUUCGACGAUCGACGCGAUCCCUUCCCUGACCGAGUUUGAUUGCUCCUACGCCCACUUCCGCCAGCACCAUCUCCUCCCGAACGAGCCCUGCCUCAUCUCACCUUCUCUCGUCGACGACUGGCAGAUCAAGCGGAGGGUCACUCGAGCGGACGGCGCGCUCGACUGGGACUAUCUGAAGGAGAACUUUGGGCUAUACGCGGCUGUCUGCGUGGACUGCGAAGGCCGAAGCGAGUGUGGAGAUGGCGACGAAGUGGAAGUCAGGACGUUUGGCGACUUGCUCGAGCUGUGGGAGCAGGGCAGAGGGCGGACAAAGUACCUCAAAGAUUGGCACCUACCUUUGCUCGUCUACCAUGAGGUGGAGCGGCUGGAGAAGGGUAAGGGAAAGGAGCGAGUGCGCGAGGAACUGUACGAGGUGCCGCAGCUUUGGCUCGAUGACUGGAUGAACGAGUGGGAAGGGAGCGAGGGCGACGAUGACUUUCGAUUCGUGUACGCUGGAGGAGGCGAUACUUUCACGCCCUUGCACCGCGACGUCUACUGCUCCUACUCAAUCAGCACCCAACUCUACGGCCGCAAGCGAUGGUACCUCUUUCCGCCGUCCUGCACACCGUACCUUCGCCCUCUCGUCGCCAAAGCCGAGCGGAACGACACGAGUGUCAAUUGCGACGAGUGGAAUGAGGAGCGGAAGAAGGAGUUCCGCGGGCGCGGGAUGCUGGUCGUCGAGCAGAAGGAGGGAGAGUCGAUCUUCAUUCCAUCCGGCUACUACCACUCUGUCCACAACCUGACCCACCCGACCCUCUCGCUCAACCACAACUGGCUCAACUCGCACAACCUUCCCGCCGUGUACCGCUCGCUGUUGGACGAGGUCGAGCGAUGCCGAGUUGCGAUCGAGGAUGUGAGGGAGAUGUUGAUUGAGCAGGCGAGGAGGAGGGGAGAAGGAGAGGAGGGGUGGAGGGAGGAGUGGGAGAAGGCGGUGGAUGAGCUGGUCGAGCGGAGUGAGGGGUGGAGUUGGCCCAAGUUCUGGCGCAUGACGCUCAACACGCUGCGCAACCUCGAAGUUCCGCUCACCAUCCUCCAAACACGCGCCGCCUCAUCGCGCUGGCCGCUAAUCCCGCCCGAUGCUCGUCCUCCUACCUCCUUCGUACUCGACCAGGUCCGCCCGCUCGUCCUCGACUUUCGACAAAACCACGAGGCAGAGUGGCGGUGGCUACCGGGGCUGGAGAAGGUUCUGGAGGGCGUCGAGAACGAGCUACAAAGGUUGGAAGGUGUCCUGGGAGUGGUGAAGACGAGCGACGGUGGGCACGGAGCUGGUUCAGCGAGCAUCAACAGCAUGUAG